CACACUACAACGCCAUUAAUCAUUAGCCCAAAAGAGUAAAGAUACAUAAUAAUUUCUUCUAUUUUCUAAAAUCAAUAUGUCAUCAAUCAUGGUCUUGGUCACUAUUUUUACCAUUCUUUUCACGACGUUCCGUAUCUCUCAGGCCACGUCUCGUACUGUAACCUUUCACGAACCGUCGUUGCAUGAAAAACAUGAGCAAUGGAUGGCUCGAUUUUCUCGUGUAUACCGUGAUGAACUCGAGAAACAAAUGAGACGCGAUGUGUUUAAGAAGAACUUGAAGUUCAUUGAGAACUUCAACAAAAAAGGGAACAAAAGCUACAAGCUUGGUGUCAAUGAAUUCGCGGAUUGGACCAACGAGGAGUUCCUAGCAAUACAUACCGGACUAAAGGGCCUAUCAUCCAAGGUGGUCGACAAAACGGUAUCGUCUAGGUCUUGGAACAUCAGUGACAUGGUAGGCGUGAGCAAGGACUGGAGAGCUGAAGGAGCUGUGACUCCAGUCAAAUACCAAGGCCAAUGCGGAUGUUGCUGGGCGUUUUCGGCAGUAGCAGCAGUGGAAGGUGUGACUAAAAUCGCCGGUGGAAACCUUGUAUCUCUGUCCGAACAACAGCUUUUAGACUGCGACAGAGAGUACGAUCGAGGCUGCGACGGUGGGAUAAUGUCGGACGCUUUCAACUAUAUAAUUCAAAACCGAGGCAUCGCUUCGGAGAACGACUACUCUUACCAAGGAUCAGAUGGGAGAUGCCGGUCUAAUGCAAGACCCACUGCACGGAUCAGCGGAUUCCAAACCGUGCCUAGCAACAACGAACAGGCCUUGCUCGAGGCCGUAUCGAGGCAACCCGUCUCUGUGUCGAUGGACGCGAAUGGGGACGGGUUCAUGCAUUACUCGGGAGGAGUAUAUGAUGGGCCUUGUGGGACCAGCUCGAACCAUGCGGUUACGUUUGUUGGGUACGGAACGAGCCAGGACGGGACUAAAUACUGGCUAGCUAAGAACUCUUGGGGUGAAACUUGGGGAGAAAAAGGUUACAUUAGAAUCCGAAGAGACGUGGCUUGGCCUCAAGGCAUGUGUGGUGUAGCACAGUAUGCUUUUUAUCCGGUUGCGUAAGUGAUUUUUUUAAAAUAUACUCCCUCUGUUUUG